GCAUUAUUGUGGUAUGUACUAUGUAGAGCUUAAGGAAACUGGGUUGACACCAAAUUGAUAAUCAGGUCUUUAUUAUGACUCAUGCUAGUGAUUGGACAAAGCUUGCAAGAAACAACCUUGGAUGAAACUCAAAACCCAAAUGGUUUUCUUGAGGUUAAUGAUGAAAGGCUUCAUCGAAAACUGAACAACAGAAUGUUGAGAAUUAUUUCCAACAUGUUCAAACCUCAGAGACUCAUUUCACAUUUUUUACAGGAAAAUCUUAUGAAUCCUUUCAAGAAUGCUAUCUUUUCUAAGAAGAAGAUUGAUUGGUCAUGUAUUAGCACAACUUGCAAGCAAUGGAUCAAGAAUCCUUUGAACAUGGCACUUCUUCUAUGGAUAACUUGUGUCGUCCUCUCCGGCGCGAUUCUCUUCCUAGUUAUGACAGGAAUGCUAAACAGAAUCCUCACCAAGAAAUCCCAAAGAGAUGAAUGGUUUGAAGCAAACAACCAAAUCCUCAAUGCUCUAUUCACUCUCAUGUGUCUAUAUCAACAUCCAAAGAGAUUCUACCAUCUUGUUCUUCUUCUUAGGUGGAAACAAGAAGACAUAACAAUACUCAGAAACUUGUAUUGCAAGAAUGGAAAUCCCAAGCCUCAUGAACUUUUUCACAUGAUGGUUGUUAUUGUGUUACUCCAUGUUAAUUGCUUUGCUCAAUAUGCAUUAUGCAGCCUUAAUUUAGGGUUCGACCGGUCUAAAAGGCCGGCUGUUGCAGUUGGUAUAUGCGUCUCAAUUGCAAUUGCUGCUCCGAUUUUCGCAGGACUAUACUGCUUUGUUAGCCCUCUAGGCAAGGAAUAUGAAUCUGAUGAAGUACAUUGUUCAACCGGUUCAAGAUUACCGUCCGAAACGAGCUUUUCUUUUGCAUCAAGAAAUAAUCAUGGCCUUGUUGUUAUUGAGUAUGCACCUGAAUGGAGAGGAGGACUAUUUGAUCUUAAGCAAAAUCUUUCUGUUGCAUACCAAACACUCUUCUGUGGUUUUUGCACUUUUGGAAGGAACAUGAAAAGGCUUCACUUUGGUAACAUUUAUGUUCACAUUUCAACUUUUUUUCUAUUUUGUAUGGCACCCUUUUGCAUCUUUAAUCUUGCUGCAUUGCACAUUGAUGAUGAGAAUCUAAGAAGAAUCAUGGGGUUCAUUGGUAUAUUGCUUUCAGUUUUUGGUUUACUCUAUGGUGGAUAUUGGAGGAUUCAAAUGAGGAAAAGGUUCAAUUUGCCACCAAAUAAUAAUAAUAAACUUUGUUGUGGGAAUCAAAAUGUUAGUGAUUGCAUGCAAUGGCUAUUGUGUUGUUGGUGUUCUCUUGCACAAGAAGUUAGAACAGUGGAAUUCUAUGACAUAGUUGAAGAUAAAUUCUCAUGCAAAAAUCAGAAUCAUGAAAUGUUCAAUUCUUCUUCACUUUGGAGCAGUCCUAGUUUGUCUAAUAAGGUUUGGUCUGAAGAGAAACAGAAAAAUCAUGUUAUGGAGGCUCCAAUUGCACUGAGAAUUAAUGUGGAAGAUAAUGUCAUUAGAAGAACAUGAGGAGGGAAAAUUUCCUGUUAUGUAUACAUGUCUAAUUUCAACAAAUAUAUCAGUGG